ACUCAUCCCGAUCGACUGAAGCUCGGCAACAUGCGACAAUCGCUCAUGUCCCUCAUCCUUGGUGCGGCGCUGCUGUUCCAGUGCUCCUCGCUCUCAGUUUCCAUUCCCAUGGGCAAGACUGAAGACGGCCUGCUGGAGCAGGAGGCGCUGGCAUCUCUGCUGGGUGACGACGCAACACAGAACAGCUUGAGCGAAGGCGAUCUAGCAGCCACCGGAAAACCCAGACGCCCUCGGGUCAUCGUUGUCGCCGAUCCGAGCGUGUGGAAGGACUUACGGAUGCUGCAAAAUGGACUGUCCAUCUACAAGAGGAGGGCCGAGGACGAACACAGAGAGGGCCAAGACAUCAACAUCCCCAUCCUGAGACGGGACACCAUGAGGUGCAUGGUGGGACGAGUCUACCGCCCAUGCUGGGAGGUCUGACGACAGACCAGAGAAGCAACAUCCUCACCACCAUUCUGACUUGUUCUUUAUCACAAUUAUGACUCAAUACUCCAGACCUGAGAA